ACAGUGACGUUGGCGUCUGUGGAGAGGAAAACCAGGAUGUGCCGUUGCUGUUAGCGACGCAGUUUAAGCAGACUUCAGUUGAUGUAAAAACAUAUAAAUAAUAAUCAUCAUUAUAAAGACAGCUAUAAGCAUAUCUUAAUAUGAGGAAUUGACCUGUCAGACUUCCGCUCUAAAGGUCACUACAAGGCUUCAUUAAAAAGAUGAGUGGAGCAGCUCUGGGCAUUGAAAUUGUGGUGGUGUUUUUUCUGGCAUUGUUUCUGCUGCAUCGGUAUGGUGACUUCCGCAAGCAACAGCGUAUGGUAUUAUUUGGCACACUUCUUGCCUGGUACCUGUGUUUCUUAAUCGUCUUCAUCUUGCCUUUGGAUGUUAGCACGACAAUCUACAGACAAUGCAUUAUUGACCAGGAGAAGAUUGCCUCAGAACCCACUACUGGUCAAUUCCCAUUUAUUAACACCACAAGAAACGCAUCUGUCACAUCUACUAAGAGUCCAAAACCAUGCUACAAGCCAUGGAGUUAUAUUCCUAAUGGGAUUAUGCCUGUCUUCUGGAGAGUGGUGUAUUGGACAUCACAGUGUCUGACAUGGUUGCUCUUGCCUUUCAUGCAGUCAUACGCUCGAUCUGGAGGUUUUUCUAUCACUGGAAAAAUUAAAACUGCACUGAUAGAAAAUGCAAUCUAUUAUGGGACAUAUUUGCUGAUAUUUGGCUCUCUGCUUAUAUAUGUGGCUGUCAGCCCACAGUGGCAUCUCUCCUGGUAUGAACUGCAGACCAUUGGUAUCACAGCAGCCAACACAUGGGGCUUGUUUCUUCUGGUGUUGUUGCUUGGAUAUGGAUUGGUGGAAAUUCCUCGCUCUUACUGGAAUGCAUCCAGACAUGGACACAUGCUCAUCAAAACAUAUUUUAAGGCAUCAAAACUAAUGACAGAAAAAGCUGAUGCAGAGGAAAACCUUGAAGAUGUUAUGGAGGAGGUGAGAAAAGUGAGUGAAUCUAUAAAGUACAACCAUCCACUGAGAAAAUGUGUUGACACAAUACUCAGAAAAUGCCCAGUUGACUAUCAAGAGAAAAUGGGGAGAAACAUGGAUGACUAUGAAGAUUUUGAUGACAAACAAAACACAUACCCCAGUGAGAAGAGUCUUGUAAAACUUCAUAAACAGGUGAUUUAUGCUGUGCAAAGGCACAACAGGACCCGUGUACAGUGGCAGAUCCUCCUGCAGCAAGCCAUUCAUUUGGAAGAUGUUGCCAAGAAUGAAACUAGUUCUACCCAUCAAUUUGUUCACAGUUUUCCAUCUUCAGAGCCAACUGGAUGGUUUAGCCGAUACAUUUACACACCAACUGUUGAAUGGUACUGGGAGUGUUUUCUGAAGCGCUGGUUUUAUAGGCUGCUGUCUCUUGUCUUAGCUAUGUUCAGUGUGGCUGUGGUAUGGUCUGAGUGCACUUUCUUCAGCACCUACCCUGUCCUUUCACUCUUUGCUGUGUUCAUCCAGCUGGCUGAAAGAGACUACAAUUACUUGUAUAUUGAGAUGGCGUGUUUCCUCACAAUUUUCUUCCUCUGCAUUUGUGUUUACUCCACCGUGUUUCGUAUUCGAGUUUUUAAUUAUUACUACCUGGCCCCCCAUCAUCAGACUGAUGCCUACAGUCUUCAGUUUAGUGGGAUGUUGUUCUGCCGUUUAACCCCUCCUCUGUGUCUUAAUUUCCUUGGCUUAAUUCACAUGGAUUCAGCAAUCUCUCAUCAGCAGAAAGAACAGACUGCAUACACCUCAAUUAUGGGAUCCAUGCGUGUUCUCUAUUUUAUUGCUAACGGCUUCUAUAUCUAUUAUCCCAUGUUGAUUUUGAUCCUUUGCAUUGCUACAUACUUCAGUCUGGGAACACGUUGUCUAAACCUGCUGGGUUUCCAGCAGUUCAUGGGUGACUGUGAAAUGACAUCUGACUUGAUUGACGAGGGUAAAGAGCUUAUUAGGCGAGAGAAAAGAAAACGACAAAGAAUUGAAGAUGGGGAGAACAGACGAAGAGAAUGGAAAGAACGCUAUGGCAAUCCAAGAGAAGAGUAUACUGCAAGAAAUAGAGGCAGCCAUGAAAUGAAGGAAACCAGCUAUUCAGACACUGUCAACCCCAACACAAACAGGCAAGCCAAGUAUUCCCGGAGUGCUAAUCGGGCAGAGAAGGACUGCGUUGAACUGCUUCAGGAUGCAGAACCUUUAGAUUUUAAUGCAGAUUCUUUAACAGAUAACCCACUUGAUACCGACACUGGAAGGCACAUAGGUGGAAGGUAUCUGUCCAUGUCGUCAUCUCGUAACAGGAUCUUUGAUGAUGUCUAAAUGGAGGUGAAUCAUAAAUUACUGUACACAUCUGCAGGGACGUGCACAGGUAGGGCCCAGGUGGUGCUCAGGCACCUGUCUCUUUGCCUUAAGUGCCCUUGUGGUCAGCAAAUUUUUUUAGGUUUAAUAUUUGUCCAAUGAAGACAGCAGUCAUGUAAAAGUUGUUUGAAACAUUGAACAACAAAAGAAUCUCACUGUUACUUCGCUCCCCUCCCUCCUGCCUCUUGCUCAUGUGCGUUUACCUGUUGCAGCUUCAGACUUCACAUGUGUCUUAACCUUAACAUCACAUGGCGCCAAAUCAAAGACUGUAGGAACAAAUUAAAGUCCAUCAAGAUAUUCUACAUAGCUUAAGCUUUUAUCCAAUUAUACUUUUUUGGACAGAACAGCUGAUGCAAUAAUACGGUUGUAGCUUGAAUAGCGCGAGUAUAUCACAUCGAUGCACAGCACAUUUCUUGGAAAACAUCAGUUGAAUUCUCAUUUAAGUCUAGGAGUGUGGACAAACAUUUUAGACUGGACUGUGACUGUUCUCUGGAGUGUUUGUCCACAGCCCAGUGUGAGGCUGCUGCUCAGACAGUAGCUGUGCUCAGUGCGCUGGAGAGCAGAGACUCAGCAUAGGGAGAAAGUAUGUAUUUUCCGGACUAUAUGUCGACUAUACAAGUAUAAGUCUGGAUCUCAAUCCAAAUCACUAAAUCCACUGAAUUCUUUAUCCUCGGUGUCGCUUCUGAACAACUCCGCCAGCUCCGGAAGUAGAUGAAGCGCAGCUUCCGUGUGGGUGUCAUACUGGUACACAAGCCUAGAGUGCCCUCGCAUGGUUGUCAGUGUGAUAAUAACAAAGAUGUGAAAUUACAUAUUUUAAUAAUUUCACAUAUAAGUUGCAUCUGAGUAUAAGUCACACCUCCAGCCAAACUAUGAAAAAAGCACAACUUAUAGUCUGGAAAAUACAGUACAGAGCUGGGGGCUCCACAGAGAAAUAAGUCUUUCUGAAAUGAAAGUUAAUGAAAAGUAUGGUAGGCCAAUUAUUAUAGUCCAAUAAACAAUUGCAUGUUUUGAAACUUGGAGAGAGGUAGGCUUUAACAAUGAGCUUGUCUCCCAUUAUUCUGUAUCAGACUGCUAAAAACUAGGAUUUCUUCACCUAAAACACCCCAGAUUACAGGAAGUGCCAUUUUUUUCUUGGUUGAGCACCUGCCUCUCAAAACAUUUGUGCACGUCCCUGCACAUCUGCCUUGCUGGACAGAGGAGAAACUCGAGUAAUGCAAGUGAAUGUAUUUCAGUGCUCUGCCUCAGGUUACAUAAUGUGUAUAGGCGUUCACUUGCAUCAAAUGACUGCUUUACACUCUGAAGAGUCAUUAAGAAGUUACAGCUAAAGUGUAUUUUUCAGUAACCAACUAACCCAUCUAUGAAAAUAUGCAUGAUUAUGAUGUCCAAACAACAGGAAUCAUCUAGAGUUCUAUACCAGUUUGAAUACACAAAAGUGCAUGAACAUUCUGCUAUUUGGAUACAUGCAACAAAUGGCUGUAUGGGAAUCAGCAACAGAGAAAUUAUUAUUAUUAUUAUUAUUAUUAUUAUUCACUGGCUUAUUGUAUAAAACAUAUGUUACAGAUAGAAAAUCAAACAGAUUUGUUUUACACUUCUGUUUUUGUCACUGUUGGAAAGAGUAACUCAAAAAGUGCCAUUUAAAGAGACUUUAACCUUACAGUUGUGUAGACUCAUCCCAUGUUACAGAGGGUAUGUAAAUGUUUGUUGAAAACAUCACAUUGUCACUCAUGUUGUGUAUCUUGAGACCAUGGAUAUGUUUUGAUUCAGAUUCGUGGGUACUUUAUAUGUAUAUAUUCAAGGUGCAGAGUGGUCCCAGAACUAAAAUCUAUGUAAAUGGCCUCUCUUGUUUGUAUAGCUAUAUUAAUGUACAAUUUAUCUUUUGUAUAUGACAUGGAUCAUUGGUUAUUUUACAUAUUUUUGUUUAGUCAUGACUCUGAAAUUGUUAAUUUAAAUCCUAAUUACUGUAUUGUAGACUAGGUUACUCUUCAAAACAUCUUUGUAUUGCACUAUACACUGUCACCUCUUUCUUGUAUGUGUAACUAGAUAGUCUGACCAUGUAAUGGUGAAAAUGAAGUGUUUAAAAAGGAAAUAUGAUUAAUAUUUAUUGUUAAUAUAAAUUAUUCUGUAAACGACAAAUGGUGUGGACUUGUGUUUGAUGUCUGCUGCUGCUACUGUUGUGUCAUUUAAUAAAAGAGCAUACAAUGUAUAC